UUGAAUUCAACAAUAAUAAUUGUAGAAUGUGGAUCUUUGGCUAUGGUUCAUUGGUAUGGAAAGUUGAUUUUCCAUAUAAAUCUAAACUGACAGGUUUUAUCAAAGGCUAUACUCGUAAAUUCUACCAAGGAUCUACUGACCACAGAGGAACACCCUGCAAGCCUGGUAGAGUUGUGACUUUGCUACCCAGCACUGAUCCAGAGGACAGAGUGUGGGGCAUUGCGUACGAACUGCAUGAGGCGAACAAAGACGAUAUAAUGAAGCACUUGGAUUUCAGAGAGAAGAACGGCUACGAGAAAGUGAUGGUCACUUUCCACCCGGCCAACCUGAAUGAAAGGCCGUUCGAACUGAGCAUCUACGUGGCAACGGCCGACAACGACCACUAUGCCGGCAUGGCGGAUAUCGACAGCAUUGCCAGGAUAAUAGUUGACUCGUCGGGUAUGAGUGGCACCAACAGAGAGUACUUGUAUCAGUUGGCGUCAGCCAUGCGGCUGUUGGCUCCCCAUCAUGAAGACGAUCAUCUCUAUGAACUGGAGGCGGCUGUGAAGAGAUUGGAGAUCACUGAUGAACAGCAGACAAACUGUGAUAUGGAAAGUUAAAAAUAUGUGUGUUGAGUUGCGGCACUGAGAUAAACAGCAGUCACAUUGUGAUAUGAAAAGUUAAAACUAAGGCAGGUACGUGCAGUCGCCAUAUUGAUUCAUGAAAGAAGGAGCAAAAUUCAAAAUAUAGCAGUAUAAUAUGCAUGUUUCUGACAAAAUAGCGUACUAUACAUUGUGGUCACCGAAGUGAAGUGACUAAUAAUACAUAUAUUAUUAUAUAUGUAUACUAUAUAUUAUUCUCUCCAACAUAGUGUGAACGCGCACUAGCACGGCCAAGACCAAGACCAGUACUGGUCUGCAAUAGCACGACCACAACCUCGACCAAGACCAAACAGUUUUUGUAAAAGUACUAAAAACAACAGUCCUGGUCGCAGACUGGCCGUAGGCAGUGCGCGUUGUUCUAUAACAGUUGAUGGAAGCCUGGCCGCAACGUCAAGCCGGUCUCGCGCUUGGUCUGUGCGACCAGAGCGUAUUUUUGUGGUCGUGCGUCUGUCGUGUCUUGGUCUGACUAGUGCGCGUUGCUCCACAUCAUUUCAGGUUGUCCUGGCUGCAAGUUCUUGGUCGUGGUCGUGGUCUUGGCCAUGCUAGUGCGCGUUUACCUAUAGGUGCAUUAAAAUAUAAAUAAAUCGAAUCAAUGAUCUCUAUGAAAAAAUUAGAACUUCUUCAAGCAUACGAUAGUCUUUAGUGAACCAAUAUGGCGACGGUGCGUACCCAGUCUUUAUUUAUGCCUUAGUUAUGUGCAUUCAGUUACAUCACUGAGAUAAACAGCAGUCAGACUGUGAUAUGAAAAGUUUAAACUAUGUGAGUUGAGUUACAUCACUGACACAUGUAAAGCUUGUAUAUUUUUGGUUUAGUUACCAAUAACUACUGGUUUCCGUUUUUUUUUUAAUUUUAUUUUAUUUCAGACACUAAGGACCGGUUGCAAAAAAUCCUGUUAAAUUUUAAUCAUAUUUAAAUGCUACGAGAACAAAUAAGAGAAGGAUUUUUGAAGAGAAGACUUCUCUGAUUGGUUCUCGUAGCAUUUAAUAACGGUUGAAGUGUUUUUAAGGAUUUUAUGUAACCGGACCUACAGAUUUCAUUUACGAAGGGAACUAGUAAAUGUUUGUAUUAAUAUUUCAAGUAGCCCUAUCAAAAUACUAGAAUAAUUUUUGUUAUAAUCUAUUGCGUUUAUUUAUUCUAUUGCGAUUGAAAUUUCAAUUGAAUCAACUUAAUGUAUUAUAUUUCAUCUCUUAACUAUUAUAUUUCUUCUUGUAUCUCUCAACAAAGAUCAAUAAACUGAAAAAUCUAAAUAAUUACUGUGUUGUAGUGAAGGUCUUUUGAUUUUGGAUAUCCAUAUUAAAUGAAAUCACUUGAAAUUGUCACAACUAUUCAAUCAUAUUCAAAAAACUAGUUUACUACGGAUUGAUAGUGGUGUAAUAACCGAAACUAGUUAUCAUACGGUUGAAAACGUUCUCUGUGGAACUAGAAACCAUCCAUCUCUAAUCAACUAGUUACUUAGAAAAGUUUCUAUUGAUAGUGGUUUUGUCAAUUAAUAGUAGGUUUUUCAAACUCAAAGUUGGUUUGUCAUACGGUAUUAGCAAGCUGAAAGAGGAAAUAUUUAUGUAGAGUCAAGAGAAUUUCCUUACAAGAAUAAUCAGAGUGAAUUCCCUUUCAUAAAGCUAACAUUUAAAUGCUGGAGGUCCUUAGCAUUGACAAUUGGAAUAAUAAAUAUUAUUUCAUUAUUAAUAACAAAAUUAUUUCGAUAAAUAAUCAUCUUUAGAUCCUCAAUUAUAUUCAUUUUCACUCAAAAUUAAAAAAACUUGAUAGGCCUGUAAGUACUUCUAUUACUUUAAAUUCCGGGGAUAUGGCAACCCUGCCCAUAUUGAAUUAAUUUUUACGAUCAAAAUUUGUUUUAUUUAAAAAAACAAGCCUAUCACGUGAUUAAAUAAAAAAAAUUAACAUGUCUCAGUGAAAAUUGAGAAUUUAUUUUGAUGGUACUUUUCAAUA